AAAUGAGAGGAUCCAAAGCGCCACGAUGUUAUUGGCCCAAGGAGCUUUGAUAUCAUCGCUCCUGCGCACGCACAUGCAAAUGAGAGCCCUGCAAAUGCCCGGAUUUCUAUUGGGUAGAAACUGUACCUGCGCUUCCUACUGGUCGCCUUUAAAGCUUGCAUUCUUAUUGGUGCUAAAAUCCUGGUGACAGGUUUGGCCAAUCAGGAAUGGUGCUGGCGUACGCGAGGAGGGGAUAAAAGGAGUCGGUUGUUCUCUUCCUUUAAUUGCUGUUUUAUUUUUUCUUCCGUGUUUGAGCUGAGCUGAGUCAGUGUCGCAAUGUCUGGACGUGGCAAGCAGGGGGGGAAAGCUAGAGCUAAAGCUAAAUCUCGCUCCUCUCGUGCUGGGCUCCAGUUUCCCGUAGGUCGAGUUCACCGCCUUCUUCGCAAAGGAAACUAUGCCGAGCGGGUUGGUGCCGGAGCCCCUGUUUACCUUGCUGCAGUGUUGGAAUAUCUGACAGCUGAAAUCCUGGAGCUGGCUGGAAAUGCUGCCCGGGAUAACAAGAAAACUAGAAUAAUCCCUCGCCACCUCCAGUUGGCCGUUCGUAACGACGAGGAACUGAACAAGCUACUGGGAGGCGUUACUAUUGCCCAGGGAGGAGUGUUGCCCAAUAUCCAAGCUGUGCUACUACCCAAGAAGACCGAGAGCCACAAGCCCAAAGGCAAAUGAACCUAUCCCUCU